AUAAAUGGGGCUUCCACAAAGUCCAUGCCAGCCAACUUUGGCAUGUAGCAAUGAUGCUCAGUCGUCAACAUGGCUGUGGCCAAUCUAUUAUCUGUCUCGGGCAAAGAAUUUUCUUUACCCUCCCACACCGCCUGACCUCUCCCUUCUGAUCUCCACCAUACUUUCCACGUGUCAAAUCUCUGUCUCUGUCUCUGUCUCUCUCCAUCUUUUUCUCUCACUGUCUCUUCAUCGUUCACUGCAGUCAAUCUGUGGGAUUUGUUUUGUGUUAAAAGACUUAAAUGAUGAGAACCCACGAGCAACACCCGAAGAAGCUUGUGAUAAGUUAACAUAUCGGUGCUCUGGGUUUCCUGUUCGUCGAGUAAACGGGGAGGCGUAGGGUGAAGAUAGAGAGAUUGCUUUGGGUGGUCUUCUUUUGGAGUUUUUUUGAAACUAUGGAGCGGUAUGAGAUUUUGAAGGCUAUAGGGUCUGGGAAUUUUGGGGUAGCCAAGCUGGUUAAGGAUAAGUUGACCAGAGAACUCUUUGCUGUUAAGUUUAUUGAGAGAGGCCAGAAGAUUGAUGAACACGUGCAAAGGGAAAUCAUGAACCAUAGAUCAUUGAAGCAUCCCAAUAUUGUUAGAUUCAAAGAGGUCCUGCUAACACCAACGCAUUUAGCAAUAGUAAUGGAAUAUGCUGCUGGAGGUGAACUCUUUGAGAGGAUAUGCAAUGCUGGUAGAUUUAGUGAGGAUGAGGCAAGGUUUUUCUUUCAGCAACUGAUAUCAGGGGUCAGUUACUGUCAUUCUAUGCAAAUCUGUCAUAGAGAUCUUAAACUUGAAAAUACGCUCUUAGAUGGCAGCACAGCACCCCGGGUUAAAAUAUGUGAUUUUGGGUAUUCAAAGUCAUCUGUGUUGCAUUCACAACCAAAGUCUACUGUAGGGACACCAGCGUACAUUGCACCUGAGGUCCUGUCUAAGAAAGAAUAUGAUGGAAAGAUUGCAGAUGUUUGGUCCUGUGGUGUCACCUUAUUUGUGAUGCUAGUUGGGGCUUAUCCCUUUGAAGAUCCUGAUGAUCCAAGAAACUUCAGAAAAACAAUUGGGCGGAUACUUAGUGUCCACUACGCAGUUCCUGAUUACGUCCGAAUUUCCAUGGAAUGUAGACAUCUUCUAUCUCGGAUAUUUGUGGCUAACCCUGAAAAGAGAAUAACGAUCCCAGAAAUUAAAAAUCACCCAUGGUUCUUAAAGAACUUGCCUGUAGAACUGAUGGAAGGAGGAAGCUGGCAGAGCAAUGAUGUAAAUAACCCAUCCCAGAACAUUGAGGAAGUAUUAUCGAUUAUCCAAGAGGCAAGGAAAACUCUUGAGGUCCCCAAAGGUGGUGGGCUUAUCCUUGGAGGCAGCAUGGAUCUUGAUGACUUGGAUGAUGCAGAUCUUGAAGAUAUAGAAACGAGUGGUGAUUUUGUGUGCCCACUAUGAGUGGAAGUGUAAAUAUAAUUUAUGCCUUUCAGAGGUAUUGUUUCCACUGUUCCCUGUUGUAUCCUCUGUUUUGCCAUUUGGGCAGAUAAAUUCCCUUCAUGUACCUCUUGUAUUACUUGCUUUUCAUCAUAGUUUUCUCAUAAAAAUAUGUUCUGUUAAGUUUUGUUUCUUUGUUGCAAUGACGUUGAAAGAUCCUUUUGUUUUAUGGGGAAUGAUAUAUCAUUGAAUGAUUUGAGAAAUUUUAUAAUGGUGGCCUCAUCCCAUACGUGUUGAGAUGUAUGAGCAUGAUUCAGACACUCCA